AUGCCGGAACCCGCAAAAUCGGCUCCUAAGAAAGGUUCGAAGAAAGCAGUGACUAAAACGGCCGUUAAAGGUGGUAAAAAGCGCAAGAAGUCACGUAAGGAGAGCUACGCCAUCUACAGUAUGUGUACAAAAGAGUCGUCGCGCGUCGCCCAUUAUAAUAAGCGCGCCACUAUCACGUCGCGCGAGGUUCAGACCGCUGUGCGCCUGCUGCUUCCGGGCGAGCUCGCCAAGCAUGCCGUGUCUGAGGGCACCAAGGCUGUGACCAAGUACACCAGCUUCAAGUGA